AAUCAGUCUCUUCCCCAAUCCAUCUUCACGGCGACGAUUGAAAUUCCCCACUCGUUUCGACAAACGCGUGGCUGACACUCUCUAUCUCUUCAAGAGGCGCCACCCCAUCUCCGAUUCUCCCCCAUCGUCUUCCAUAUUGACGAGAGGACACAAAAAAGCGGAAUCGUCUGGUUCAAUCUAUAAUACGAAGGUUUACUUUCUGUGUUUGUGAGUGUCUUUUCUGCCUGCGGCCGGCGAUGGUGGAGCUUGGUCAAACAGAUACCGAAGUAUACGCGCCAAAGAAGACCUUACACGUAUGGCGGGCACUGUUGAACUGGUUGGCUUUCUUCUUUCAGAUCUUCGUUCAGAUCAUUAAAGCCACUCCUACCUUGAUUAAUUAUUCUUCUUCUUCGUCUUCCUCUCCGUCUUUUGAGCCUUUGCCCGUCGUUGAAUUGUCUGAAUCUCCCGAAUCUCCGUCACCGUACGCUGCCUCUGCUGUCAAUAUUCCAACUGCCGAUGCCGCCUAUGAUCUUUCGCAAAAGCUCACGGUUGUUCUUGAUUUGGAUGAAACUCUGGUAUGUGCUUAUGAGACUUCCAGUUUACCUGCCAUUGUUCGUAAUCAAGCCAUAGAUGCUGGAUUGAAUUGGUUUGAGCUAGAAUGUCUAUCUUCAGACAAGGAAAGUGAAGGCAAACCCAAAAUCAACUAUGUAACAGUAUUCGAACGUCCUGGAUUGCACGAAUUUCUUACCCAACUCAGUUUAUUUGCUGAUCUUAUUCUAUUCACUGCAGGUCUUGAAGGUUAUGCUAAACCACUUGUUGACAGAAUAGAUGCUGAAAACAGAUUUAGUCGUAGACUUUAUCGCCCUUCUACAAGUUCCACGGAAUACAGGGAACAUGUGAAGGACCUUUCUUGUAUAUCAAGAAACUUCUGCAGAAUUGUGAUUGUAGACAACAAUCCAUUCAGUUUCUUAUUGCAACCAGUGAAUGGAAUCCCAUGCAUACCUUUUUCUGCUGGACAACCACAUGAUAAUCAGCUUCUUGAUGUCAUUCUUCCACUUCUGAAACAACUGUCUGAACAGGGUGAUGGGUAA